UACUCAUCUGUUUGUUUGGCCGCUGCUUCCUCUUCAGCUUUUGAAAUCUCUUGUUUUCUUCUCCUAUCCUUUCUGCCCUCAUCUCAUCUCUAUUAAUUAAGCGUUGCACUGUGUUGUAGCCUUGUAGGAAGAUGAGAUAACAAAAUGUUUAGGCUAAGCAAAGACAUUGAUUCUGCAUUUCAAGGUGUUGGAACUAAAGGCGGCCUGGAGGUUUGGUGCAUCCACAAUAAUCAGCUUAUAUCGAUCCCCAAGUCUUCUUUCGGAAGAUUCCACUCUGGAAAUGCUUACCUUCUUCUCAGCACGGCUUUGCGGAAGAUCGGAUCUCCUCAGUAUGACAUUCACUAUUGGCUAGGACAUGAUGCAACUGAGGUGGACUCAGUUUUGGCAUCUGACAAAGCACUAGAGUUAGAUGCAGCACUUGGAUGUUGUACGGUUCAGUACCGUGAAGUUCAAGGUCAAGAGACUGAGAAGUUCCUCUCAUACUUCAAACCUUGUAUCAUACCCGUUGAAGGGAAGUAUUCACCACAAAAUGGUCUGGCCGAAGAGACAUACCCUGUCACCUUACUAAUGUGCAAAGGAGACCAUGCUGUUCGAGUUAAAGAGGUGCCUUUUCUACGGUCAUCACUGAACCAUGACGAUGUGUUUGUUCUCGAUACUGCAUCAAAAGUGUUCCUCUUUGCCGGUUGCAACUCAAGCACUCAGGAGAAGGCUAAAGCCUUGGAGGUUGUGGAAUACAUAAAGGAUAACAAGCAUGCAGGAAGGUGUCAGGUCGCCACUAUCGAGGAUGGAAAGUUUUUAGGUGAUGCAGAUGCUGGUGAGUUCUGGACUUUCUUUGGUGGUUAUGCACCCAUUCCAAAGUGUUCAUCUUCUACAAACCAAGAACAGACUCCAACCACAUGUGCAAAACUGUUAUGGAUAGAUACUCGGGGGAAUCUACAUCCAACUGAAACAAGUUCUUUGAACAAAGAUAUGCUUGAAAAGGACAAAUGCUACAUGCUGGACUGUGACAGCGAAGUAUUCGUUUGGAUGGGAAGAAACACAUCGCUCACUGAAAGGAAGACGUCCAUUUCUUCCUCAGAAGAGUUUCUACGAAAGGAGGGACGCUCGACCAGCACAAGUCUAGUACUUCUAACAGAAGGACUAGAGAAUGCUAGAUUCAGAUCGUUUUUUGAUGAGUGGCCUCAGACAGCAGAGUCUAGCCUUUACAAUGAAGGUCGAGAAAAAGUGGCAGCAAUGUUUAAACGGAAGGGAUAUGAUGUGGAGGAGUUUUCUGAUGAAGAAGAUGAACCUCUUUAUACAAACUGCCGAGACGCUGUAAAGGUGUGGCGUGUAGAUGGUGGUGAUGUCUCGCUUCUCUCCAUUCAUGACCAGGCAAAGCUGUUUAGCGGCGAUUGCUACAUUGUGCAGUAUAAAUAUACUUACAAUGAAAGAAACGAAUAUCUAUUAUAUGUAUGGAUAGGUUGUGAAAGCAUGGAGGAAGAUAGAGCUGAUGCCAUAUCUAAUGCUAGUGCCAUUGUUUCUUCAACCAAGGGUGAAUCUGUAAUGUGUCAUAUACACCAGGGCAACGAACCUGCUCGCUUUUAUUCAAUGUUCCAGUCGCUAGUUGUUUUCAAGGGUGGUUUGAGUAAACGGUACAAAACAACGUUUCUAGUGGAGAAUGCAAACGAAUGUGAAAGCAAGGCUUCUCUUUUCCGUGUUCAAGGGACAAGCUCAAGGAGCAUGCAAGCAAUUCAAGUUGACCUAGCAGCAACCUCCUUGAACUCAUCCUACUGUUACAUUUUAAAAAAUGAAGCUUCUGUCUUCACUUGGAUUGGGAAACUUACCUCAGAGUCUGACCAUGAUGUUCUUGACAGAAUGCUAUAUUUCCUUGAUCCGUCUAGGCAACCCAUGACCACAAGGGAAGGAAGUGAACCAGACACAUUCUGGGAUUUGCUUGGUGGCAAAACAGAGUACCCUAAAGAAAAGGAAACGAGAAAACAAGUAGAAGAACCACGUUUAUUUACAUGUUCUUGUAUUUCAGAUGUACUCAAGGCGAAAGAAGUAUACAAUUUUGUGCAAGACGACUUAACUACUGAAGAUGUAUUACUGCUGGACUGCCAAACUGAAGUGUAUGUCUGGAUUGGACUAAACUCAAACAUAAAGUCGAAGCAACAAGCUCUUACUCUUGGUCUGAAAUUUCUAGAAAUGGACAUACUGGAGGAAGGUUUAUUAACAGUGAGGAGUCCUGUAUAUGUUGUCACAGAAGGCCACGAGCCACCAUUUUUCACCCGUUUCUUUGAUUGGGUUCCUGAAAAGGCAAACAUGCAUGGUAAUUCAUUUGAAAGGAAGCUUGCUAGUCUGAAAGGGAAGGAGUCAGUCACUAAUAGAUCUAGUGGAAGCCCGUGGAGAUCAGACUCAAAGGAGAACGCAUCACGUGGUUCGCGAAGUCGGUCAAAUGGAUCAGAGCGAGGAGUAUCAUCUUGCUCCAGCGAAAAGUUUCCAAGCUAUUCACAAGGCAGAGAAAGCAACAGUGACUCUACUCCACUUGUCAAAAAGCUUUUCUCAGAAUCUCUUUCAGUGGAUACAAACAAUGGAUCGACGAGCUCGAAUUCAGACAUAUCUAAAGAGAAUUCACUGGGAGGAAUCAAAGUCGAUCUUAGUCUAGAGUCACUUGCAUAUUCAUACGAACAGCUUAGAGUUGAUUCUCCGAAGCCAGUGACAGAUAUAGAUGCAACAAGAAGAGAGGCGUACUUAACAGAGAAAGAGUUCGAAGAAAGAUUCGAAAUGACAAAACCAAAGUUCUAUGCACUUCCGAAAUGGAAACAGAACAAUCUCAAAAUGUCCCUCCGUCUUUUCUAAAACAGCCUCACAUUCAGUUAAAGACCCUUGGAGCAAGACAUGUUUUAAUGUAACUAAUGUUUCUGUUUAGUGCAGUGACCUUCCUGAGUUCCUGAUAUAAAGUUGAUGCUUGUUUCUUACAAAACAAAGUAUGACACCCCCUAACUAUUUGAGAGUAUAUGUAUCGAAAGUCCUGAACUUUAUAAAAAAAUUUCAAGAAUAGCAUUAAACUUUUGUAGCUUCAUCUUCAUCUACACAUCAUUUUAUAUUU